AUGGACGUACUCAAGGAAAAGCAAUUCAUGAUAACCUCGGAAAGGUGGCAAUUAUUGGAGAAGGAAAGAUUGGAGAUACUAAGGAAGAGAGAAUUAAUUGAACACAGGAUUGAUUUACGAUAUCACUCAGAGGAAGGAUUGGAGCAACAUAGAUCUGAUUAUUAUAAGAGACUUUUGAAAAAGGUGGAAGACAAUUUGGAAAAGAGUAAAAUUAGGAACAAACUUUUGGUGAACAAAGCAGAUGAUCUUCUACAAAGCGUCUCAGUAUCAAACUCAAACAACCUUGUAAAGUCAAAAGUCAAGUUAGAGGUUGCAAAGAAACAAUUUUUACAAUCCUUCCAGGACAGAGUAAAGGAAUAUGAGGAAUUGGGGAGACACCAAAAACUCAAACAAAUCAGAAAGACAGAAGAGGAAAUUGAAAUUGAGAGAAGGAAAUUGAGGGAGUCUACAUUGGAAUGGGAAAGAGAAAAGAAAGUUAAUAAUGAUCUUCAAGAAAAAAUUAAAGAGCUCAUUGUAACAAAAGAAAUAUCAAAAAAAGAGGCUAUUGAGAGGGAGGCAGAAAGAAAGGCUAUUCUUGAAGGAGAGAGAAAAAUCCAAAGAGCUGUUGAACAAACAUCCGUUGAUGCGUCAAAAAGAUAUUUGGAGAAAGAAGAAAAGAGGAAAUUAGAAGCUGUUGACGGUAAAGAUAUUAAAUACAAAGGUAAGAAGAAACUGGAAACAUCUUUAAUUUUAACAACCUUAACAGGUCUUGUCGAAGAAGUGUACGAAGGAAAAAUUGGAAUUGCUGCUAGAGAAAAAUUUGUGUCUCAAGAAUCGUUUGAAAUACAAUCUCAACAAGUUCAAAAACCUGUUGAUGAAUUAUACUAUAAUGACGGAUAUAGCAGCUUUGAAGAAAAGCAUAAUCCAAACAGUUUUGCAAAAUUUAAAGAAUGGCAGAAAAAACAAACUGUUGACAAGAAGAAACCCGAAAUGUCUCAAACACAAAAGCCAAAACAUCAAACCCAGCAACAAACCCCAAUUACUCAACCAAUGAGGGAAAAUUGUGUUGAAAAAAAUUAUAGACAGGAAGAGUUCAAAGAAAUUAAGCCAGCACGAGAAGAUUACAAAGAAAUUAAGCACGAGGUCAGGGAGGAGGAAAUAAAACCAACUCCUGUGUCCCAGACGACAAAGGACGUGCUUGGAGAUAGCAUUGGAUCAAUUGAAGAUAGGGAAUCUGAGAGUGAUGACAUCACCAAAUCAUUCUUGGAAUCUAUCAAAAAACCAAUGUUGGUUUCAGCUUUGAGUAAGAAGGAUGACAAGACUUCUCCCAUCUCAUCAAUGAUAAAACCAUCAAGCCCAAAGAACAUAGUUAUCACUCCAGAAGAAACAAAGAAUAAUAACUUUGUUAAAAUUCAGUCUCCUAAAUCCUUUACAAGUACUUCACCACAACAAAAUAGAACAAACCAAACCUUUGCAAACCAACAAGCAACCUCAAUCUCCCCAACAAAAUCUACACCCCCUCCAAAUCCUGUUAUUGAAAAAAAGAAGGAAAUUGAAACUAAAAAAGAUCCAGAAAAAGAUCCAGUAGAACACAAGGAAGGUGAUUCAAAAACGAAAAAGAUCAAAAGUUUCUUUUCUGCAGCAUUCAAAUUUAAUGGGAAGAAGAAGGAAGAAGAAAAAUCAGAGGAGACUGAAUCAUCCUCUGAAAAUGAUUCAAAUGCACAAGACAAAGAAGGAGACAAUAUGGUCCAACAAAGAGUCAAAAAGUUAAACCAAUCAAAACUGGUUACAACUCUGUCUUCUUACAUGCUAGAGUUAGAAAAUCACCUUAAAGAACAAAAAGAAAGGUACAACAAAAUGUCCUUAAACUACAAGCUGGAAAAUAAGGAGAGUCAAGAAACGUUGGUAUACUCAAACUGCCCAAAGAUAAAUGGGAAAAAUAGAGUACUGAAUAUUGAAUCAUCCAAGAAAGAAAUUGAGCCAGUCAUGAAGUGCGUGGCUUGUUUAGAUAUAAUACAGUAUCUCCCAUCACCAUUAAUAAGUGUUGAAAUAUUGGAUGAAUAUUUAGAAAAAGACACUGAGUAUGAAAUUGAACAACUUUCGAAGUAUUUGAAUUCAUUUGGCUUAGAAGUUUGGCGAUUAAUAAUAACACAUGUUUCCAACUUGUCAAAGUUGGAACCCAAGUGGAGAGAGCCCUUACUGAAAGUGUUUUCUGAAUCAAUUUGCAAAACCCUUCCACCAAGUAAGAACACAACUGAAGCUAAAAACAAAACAAAGACCCUGCUGAAAACUUAUAUUUCAACCAAAAAAUCCAACACUACUAUUCCUGACACAACAACACUCGAACAACCAAAAAAGAAGUAA